CCAGAUAGAGCCGAACAAAGGAAUGAAGCUCCCUCCUCCUCUCCUUCUUCUCAUUAAUUCCGGCCUCGCCAUUUUGUUGCUUGUUGAUUCGACUGGUUUGAUUCCGGUUCGAGCGAGCGGCCACGAUUACAAUGACGCGCUGGCGAAAUCGAUUCUGUUCUUCGAAGGACAGCGUUCCGGAUUUCUGCCGCAGAAUCAGCGGCUCUCGUGGCGAGCCAACUCCGGCCUGAGCGACGGCUGGACUUACAAAACCGAUUUGACCGGCGGCUACUACGACGCUGGUGACAACGUGAAGUUCGGCUUUCCUAUGGCCUUCACCACUACAAUGCUGGCCUGGAGCGUGAUCGAGUUCGGCGAUCUCAUGCCGCCGGCCGAACUGAGAAACGCGCUCGUUGCGAUUCGCUGGUCGACUGAUUAUCUGCUCAAGACGGUUUCGCAGCCGAAUCGUAUUUUUGUGCAGGUGGGUGAUCCAAUUAUCGAUCACAAUUGUUGGGAGAGGCCGGAGGACAUGGACACCGCGAGAACUGUCUACGCCGUGGACGCACCAAACCCGGCAUCAGACGUAGCUGGCGAGACAGCAGCCGCGCUGGCAGCAUCCUCGAUGGCGUUCCGGUCAUCGGAUCCUGGAUACUCCGAGACUUUGUUGAGAAAUGCUAGGAAUGCUUUUCAAUUUGCAGACAAUUACAGAGGAGCUUACAGUGAUAAUGCCAACAUUAGAGACGGUGCCUGCCCUUUUUACUGUGAUUUUGACGGGUAUCAAGAUGAGUUGCUUUGGGGAGCAGCAUGGCUGAGGAGGGCGUCUGAAGAUAAUACAUACCUUACUUACAUAGAAAGCAAUGGCAAAACACUUGGUGCUGAUGAUAACACCAAUGAAUUUGGCUGGGACAACAAGCAUGCUGGCCUAAACGUUCUUGUUUCCAAGGAAGUGAUGGAAGGGAAUAUGUACUCACUAGAGUCAUACAAAGCAUCAGCUGAUAGCUUUAUGUGUACUCUAAUACCAGAAUCAUCAUCUUCCCAUAUAGAGUUCACUCCUGGCGGACUAAUAUAUAGGCCGGGAGGCAGCAAUUUGCAACACGCAACAACAAUUUCAUUCCUCUUGCUCGUAUACGCAAGCUAUUUAUCUCGAACAUCUCAAUCCGUCAACUGUGGCAACCUCUUUGUCUCUCCAGAUACACUUCGCCAACAAGCGAAAAAACAAGUUGAUUACAUACUAGGAGAUAAUCCAAUGGGAUUAUCCUACAUGGUAGGUUAUGGUAACAAGUAUCCUCAACGAAUUCAUCAUCGUGGCUCGUCCUUGCCUUCCAUCAAGGACCAUACUCAAUUCAUAGCAUGUAAAGAGGGUUCGGUUUAUUUUAAUUCAACCAACCCCAACCCUAACGUUUUAGUUGGAGCUGUGGUGGGUGGACCAGGUGAAGAUGAUAGUUACAACGAUGACAGAGCUGAUUAUAGAAAAUCAGAGCCAACAACAUAUAUUAAUGCACCGUUUGUUGGAGUGCUGGCUUAUUUUGCAGCUAAUCCCUAUUAGCAAAUGCAGAAAACUCUAUAAGCCCAUUUUGUGCAUAGUUUCAAUACUUUCCCUUGUAAGCUUGAAGUUUAGAAAAAAGUAGUCUCUCAUCUUAAGGUGAAGUGAAGCCUGAGAGGGAAGAGGCUUAAUUGGGUUUUUAGGUAAUUUAAUCACAAGAACUCAAUGUGAUCAGAGAAAAAAAAGAAAAAAAACAAAAGAGAGGUGCUUCUGAGAUGUAGAAAUCUCACCAAACAUGUCUUUGACUUUUUUUCAUACAUGAAAUGAA